AUGACAGCUUUUGAUUUCAACGUGCUUCUGUUACUAUUCAUUUUAUCCAUAACUCGUAUCAAUGCAGCUGUUAAACCUUUGCCUGUUCACGAUGUUCCUUUUCUCAAUCGGAGUAGUUUCCCGCCAGAUUUUAUUUUUGGAACUGCUUCCUCUGCAUUUCAGUAUGAAGGUGCAGCAAAAAAAGAUGGAAAAGGACCAAGUAUUUGGGAUACUUUCGCUCAUAAAUAUCCAGAAAAAAUAAAAGAUAGAAGUACUGGAGAUGUAGCUGACGACUCAUAUAGUCGGUACAAGGAAGAUGUUGGAAUCAUGAAGUAUAUGAAUAUGGAUGCUUAUAGAUUCUCCAUUUCUUGGUCUAGAGUCUUACCAAAAGGAAAGCUUAGUGGAGGUGUAAACCAUGGAGGAAUAAACUACUACAACAACCUCAUCGAUGAACUAUUGGCUAAUGGUGUGCAACCAUAUGUGACACUUUUCCAUUGGGACGUUCCCCAAGCCUUAGAGGAUGAGUAUGGCGGUUUUUUGAGUCCUCGCAUUGUAAAUGAUUUUAAGGACUAUGCUGAUCUUUGCUUCAAGGAAUUUGGUGAUAGGGUGAAACGUUGGACUACUUUGAAUGAACCAAGGAGUGUGAGUAAGAAUGGAUACGCAGUCGGAAGGUUUGCACCGGGUCGAUGUUCAGAUUGGUUAAAACUGAAUUGCACAGGAGGAGAUUCUGGGACAGAACCAUAUCUGACUUCGCACUACCAACUUCUUGCUCAUUCUGCAGCUGUAAAAUUGUACAAGACCAAGUAUCAGGCAUCUCAAAAGGGUUUAAUAGGGAUUACCAUAAACUCUGAUUGGUUUGUGCCGGUCUCUAACGAGAAAUCAGAUCGUGAUGCUGCCCAACGAGCCCUCGAUUUCAUGUUUGGAUGGUAUAUGGAUCCACUUACAAAAGGUGAGUAUCCAAAAAGCAUGCGAUCUAUGGUGGGAAACCGGCUACCAAAGUUCUCCAAAGAAGAAUCAGCGCAACUUAGAGGGUCCUUUGAUUUUCUUGGCCUAAACUAUUACUCAUCCUUUUAUGCUGCUAAUGCACCUCAGUUACGCGGUGCUAAACCAGCCCAACAAACUGAUAAUCUUGUUAAUGUUACAAAUCAAUAUAAUGGCAAGGCUCUUGGUCCAAUGGCUGCUUCCAGCUGGUUGUGCAUUUAUCCACGAGGAUUUCGACAAUUGUUGCUUUACAUCAAGAGGCAGUACAAUAACCCUGUAAUUUACAUUACUGAAAAUGGUUAUGAUGAGUUCAAUGAUCCAACACUGUCGCUUGAAGAAUCCCUUAUAGAUACUCUCAGAAUUGAUUACUUUUAUCGUCAUCUUUAUUAUCUUCAAACUGCAAUCAAGGAUGGUGUGAAUGUAAAGGGAUAUUUUGCAUGGUCAUUGUUGGAUAACAUGGAAUGGGACUCUGGCUACACAGUGCGAUUCGGACUCGUCUUUGUGGAUUUUAAAAAUGGUGUGAAAAGACACCCAAAACUCUCGGCGCAAUGGUUCAAAAAUUUCCUCAAAAAGUCUUAGACAUGUAUAUAUUUGGCAAGGUUCAAUGAAGAAGUGUUAUGUUUUGAUGAACUUUGGAUCAGAAAAAAGUGAUAUGAAAUUCACUCAUAUGUAGAACUCUUGUAAAUAAAAAGAAUAGUGAAUAAAAAAACUCAGAUUUAGUUAA